UGUACCAGGCUGUAAAGUGUUUAAUUUUGCUGGAAGGGCGUGCAUUUCAACCAUAGACUGUCAAUGAUUUCAACAUGGGGGUCUAUGGGGAUUGACUCCCUUUUGGAGCCAGCUUCAAGUGGCCAAUCGAUGAACUGCAGCUGUUGGCACUUCCGCAUUGGCUUCAUUUCUUCAGCACCGGAGGCUCAGAGCAGAUUCAGAGACGUGUCUCAGCCUUCAUUUGUAAAGCCUUGGUCAAGACCAGGAAGAAGGAUUUUGAAGCACCAGUAAAGGUGAGCCAAGAUGGGAGCUUUUGCUAGCCUGUUUAAAGGCUUGUUUGGCAAGAAAGAAAUGAGGAUCCUGAUGGUAGGACUGGAUGCUGCUGGAAAGACCACUAUCCUGUACAAGCUCAAACUGGGAGAAAUUGUUACCACAAUCCCUACCAUCGGUUUUAAUGUUGAGACGGUAGAAUACAAGAACAUCAGUUUUACAGUGUGGGAUGUUGGCGGUCAGGACAAGAUCAGGCCACUCUGGAAGCAUUACUUCCAAAACACACAAGGCCUUAUCUUUGUAGUGGAUAGUAAUGACAGGGAGCGAGCUGGUGAGGGGAAGGAGGAGCUGAUGCGAAUGCUGGCUGAAGAUGAGCUGGCGGAUGCUGUGCUGCUUGUGUUUGCCAACAAACAGGACCUUCCCAAUGCAAUGAAUGCAGCUGAGAUCACAGACAAGCUGGGCCUUCACUCCCUGCGCCAUCGCAACUGGUAUAUCCAGGCCACAUGCGCCACUGCUGGAGAUGGUCUUUACGAGGGUCUCGACUGGCUUUCUAACCAGCUAAAGAAAGCAAAAUGAUCCAUCACUCCACCUCCUGUCGGUCCUCUCUGUCUGCAGUAUACUGGUUCCUGGUCUCAUUCUCUCCUUUUCUCUUUUUCCUCUGAAGCGUUGGACCUUUGGCCAGUGCUACCCUGCAUCUGUGUACUGUAGGUGUGUGUUUUUUGGAUAUGUGAAUGGGAGCAGCCAUGUUGGGCUUUGAACACAGUUAACUCUCAAGCAUCUCAUUCCUCCAGUGUCAGCACAUCCAAAGCCACUGGUCUCCACAAAGCAAAGAAGGACACAGGAUGUUGAGUCCUGUGUACAUUUGUUUUUAAAUCUGCUAGUGACAUUAAGGCCUUUUUGAACUGUUUAUUCACCUUGCAAAGACACACAGUAUACCACAGUGUCAUGUUUGAUACGGUAAAAUAUCCCACAUCCCAGAUCAGUUCACAUUCUUUUGAAAAUUUUGAGUUUUGGUGGAUUUAAGUUGAUUUUGACUGCUGCAGUGAACACUGGAUACUUAUUUAUUUUCUCUCUUUCAGAAAUGUUUGAAUCCCCAAGUGUGUCUGCUGUACGUCCCGUUACGGUCAGAAUGUAUUCAGCAUCUCUGUUUCUGAAGAAAAGUUGUUGAAUCAUUUCUUCAGUUUUUAUAUUGAAUUCAGUGCCACCUCUAAAUGUUAUCCCUCUUAUGGCAAUAACCUGAUAUAUAUUUACAUGUGGUCUUGUUUUUUACACACAGAGCAUUAAAAGAUCCAUCAGGACUGGGUCUAGAAAAGGCAAUAAAUGUUACAGUGUAUGUUUACAUAUAUGGAGGUGUGUUGUGUGUAGCUACUGCAUUGUUGGUGGAUGUGUGUAUCCUUCUGGUGCUGUUUGGGUUUCAGCCUUGUCCAGUUACUGGAAUGGUGAGGCCUUUUUAUUUUGGACUUUCUCCCACUCUCUCUUUUUAUUUACUGGUAGUCUUAUUUUCUAUUGUAUAUAGUUCUUUGUGUUUGUUUUCUUUUUUUAAUGUAUCUGUUGAUGCACAGACAACCUGGUUUGCUUUGACAUGAGCUGACAUGCCAGGUGUGCAAAUGCUCUAGGGACCAAUUGUUUUCAUUCAGAAAGUGCCCAUUGUGUUUGGUUCAGCUUUUGGUUCGCCUGCAGGGCAUGAGUUUUCCCACCUGUGGUUUUCUAGAGGACACAGAAUUGUCAGCCUGUCUUUGAUUAACGGUAUAGUUGAAUUGGAAGUAUUUGCUCUGGUCCCCUUAUGAAUCAGCACUGUAAAUGCUUCCUUGAUGCUUCAGGCUUUAUGGUGUUUUCCCCGCAUGUAGCCAGGGCACUUCCCCUGGAGUUAUUUACAUUGUCUCCCAGUAAUGCCAUUUGCACAACCUCAGCAACUUGUGCAACACAGGCCUAUGUGAAGACAGCGGUUUAUCUAUCAGCCUUUGCAAUGAACCCAUAGACAAUAACCCUUCCCAUUGUUCUCCAACAGCACACAUGCAAAUGUGCAAGUACGAAAGUAACAGAAUAAUUCCCACACACCACUGAUGCCAAAGGCUACUGCGAUUAAUUAGAAACCAAUCUCGAACUGUGCACACCAAGGUCAUAAUAUCACACUGACCUCCAAAGGAAAAUUAAUUUUCCCUUCUGUUUUUCUAGGACUAGGCAUUUAGUUAAGUUUUCUUUGGAGGUUUGAAUAGCUAAUCGACUCUUCUUUUGGGUUUUUGUUUGUCCUUACGUUGGGGUAUUUCUUAAACAUCAGUAGAGUUCAUAGGAUAAGUGAUUAGGGCUGGGUAUCAUUAAAAAAA